AUGAUUGUCGAGAUAAGCGUUUCUCUCCUUGGAACUGCAUUGACUUUUCCUGCCUUUAUCCAAGAAUACAACGAUAUUGGAGAAAGCGACAAGUGGUAUUCAUAUAUCAAGCUUCUCCCCCACUUUUUACUAAUUCUCGCAUGUGGGUUCAGAUUUGGAAUCAAAUUCAUGAAAAUUUUCCAAAUUCCUUGCAUUUCAUUAUCAGCUGUGACAUGGGCAAGCUUGUAUUAUUUAUUCUUAUUCAAUCUUACUGCAAGCACCACUGCUGUUUGCGAAAAAUAUACAGAUGCUUGCGCAGAAGACCUUGAUGGCCUUUCAUUGUGCCUAAACAACCCAGUCAAAGGAUGGGAAGGAAUAAUGUAUUUAAUUGGACUUUCAAUGAUGGUGAUUGGAAGCACGCUACUAACGAAAGAAAUUGGUUUUCAAUUAUAUGAAGGAAGAAAAUCCAAAGUUGAAUCGUAA